AUGGCAAAUAUCGCCCAUCUCAGCCCGGAAAUAAAACUUGAGAUCAUCAAGUACUUGGACUUGAAUGAUAUUUCUACGCUCUUCGAAACAUCUCCUCUAUUUCUACAACUUAUCAACACCCACCGCCAUCACCUACUCAACUCAGAUGUCAACGACUUGAAAGAUGGCCUCCUAGGAUACGAUUCGCCCAUGUGCCUAUCAGCAUUGCGGCUCCGCUCCAGGCAUCCUAUUGAACCCCCAUCAACAGAAUCAGAGAUGAGAGAAGCACAGCGGGCUAGUCUCCAUCUUUAUCGCCACGGAAACUCUAAACUUUGUCUAUCUACAGCCACCGGGUUCUCACUCGUAUACAGCGUACGCCGACUCCUUGUCGAAGCAAAUUGGAUUGCGGAUAGUUAUGCACCUCAAGCAUGGUGUAAGAGACAAGGCUCACCCAGCACAGAGACUCUGGUUCUCUCCGAUGAUGAGAGGAGGCGGCUUAUUAAAGCUGCGAUCCAUUUUGAGGCUUAUUGUCGAAUGUUUUUUGUACAAGAAAAGAUCCUGUUCAAGGGAAGUACAUCAAUUCGCCAGGCUUUCUUCAAGGCUUCACGUGAAGAUGGCGUAAAACGUGGGGCAUUCUACUCUAUCGCAUAUCAUGUCUAUGACCAAUACCUCACGAUGAUCAGCAACGUUUUCGCUAAUAUGUCGAUAUUAGGGUCUCUGACCCAAGAGCAGACAAAGCAGACAGACCGUUGGCAGAGACAAACAGGAGUCGAGAUGAUAGACUUUGCACAAUAUCUCACGCGUCAAGGCCUCAAUCUGUUACAUAAACUGCAGUGCAUGGACCUAUCAGCACAAGCAGAAUUCAUGCUGGGACGAUUCUAUAGAGUGUCCCAAAGCCAAGACUUGUCGGUAUCUAUGGCCAGCAAGAUCGACCUUUAUGAAAAGGGAACUACGGAACCUCGUCCGUGGUAUCCAUGGGAAGGUAUUGAGUGGGUCUCUUUUCGAACUGAAGCCGACUGGGGAAUGGGCAACUUCUUUUGGGAUAGGGAGCGUGUGGAGAACCUUGGGGGUUAUCCGGGCUCGAAUUCUAUCCGUUGGGAUGAGGACGGGGACUGGUAA